AUGGGCGUCUGUGGGAACACCAAUCGGACUACGGCAGACUACAGCUUUGCCCGAACAGCAUACAACGCCCUGCUUCUUGACCCUUCAACGCCUAAGGGCAUUAGCCGUCUUGAUCUCGUGGAGCAACGUCCCAAAGAUGUCACCAUGGAGAGUCACGUCGAGGGUAUCGUGAACAACUUCCUCAAAGGUGUCAAGCCAAAAACUGCGACUGAGCCAAGUAUACAGCCCUGA